UACUGUUAUGCAAGAGAAUCAAGGAAAAUUAACCAUGAAAUUAUUGCAAAAUUUACCAUAUUUAGAGAGAUGUAUAAAAGAGUCGUUACGUUUGUAUCCCAGCAUUUAUUUUGUAACACGAACUACUUUGGAAGAUGUAAAAUUAAAAUCAUAUUUACUACCUGCUGGGACAAAUAUAGUUCUUUAUAUUUAUGGCGUUCAUAGAGAUCCCAAUCUUUGGCCAAAUCCCGAAAUAUUCGAUCCAGAUUUUUGCCUGAGAAGAUCCAAAAUCGUCAUCCUUACUCGUAUUUACCAUUUAACGCUGGAUCACGUACUUGCAUUG